AUGCCAUGCUGUGUGGAUGUGUCUUGGUAUGCCAUGCUGUGUGGAUGUGUUCUGGUAUGCCAUGCUGUGUGGAUGUGUUUUGGUAUGCCAUGCUGUGUGGAUGUGUUUUGGUAUGCCAUGCUGUGUGGAUGUGUUUUGGUAUGCCAUGCUGUGUGGAUGUGUUUUGGUAUGCCAUGCUGUGUGGAUGUGUUGUGGUAUGCCAUGCUGUGUGGAUGUGUUAUGGUAUGCCAUGCUGUGUGGAUGUGUUCUGGUAUGCCAUGCUGUGUGGAUGUGUUCUGGUAUGCCAUGCUGUGUGGAUGUGUUGUGGUAUGCCAUACUGUGUGGAUGUGUUGUGGUAUGCCAUACUGUGUGGAUGUGUUGUGGUAUGCCACGCUGUGUGGAUGUGUUGUGGUAUGCCACGCUGCGUCGAUGUGUUAUGGUAUGCCAUGCUGUGUGGAUGUGUUGUGGUAUUCCACGCUGUGUGGAUGUGUUGUGGUAUGCCAUGCUGUGUGGAUGUGUUGUGAUAUGCCAUGCUGCGUCGAUGUGUUAUGGUAUGCCAUGCUGUGUGGAUGUGUUAUGGUUUUCCAUGCUGUGUGGAUGUGUUGUGGUAUGCUAUGCUGUGUGGAUGUGUUGUGGUAUGCCAUGCUGUGUGGAUGUGUUGUGGUAUGCCAUGCUGUGUGGAUGUGUUGUGGUAUGCCAUGCUGUGUGGAUGUGUUGUGGUAUGCCAUGCUGUGGGGAUGUGUUGUGGUAUGCCACGCUGUGUGGAUGUGUUGUGGUAUGCCAUGCUGUGGGGAUGUGUUGUGGUAUGCCAUGCUGUGUGGAUGUGUUGUGGUAUGCCAUGCUGUGUGGAUGUGUUCUGGUAUGCCAUGCUGUGUGGAUGUGUUGUGGUAUGCCAUGCUGUGUGGAUGUGUUCUGCAAUCUUGUGAGAAGGCAGGUCCAUCUCUGCUAAAUGGUCUGACAUAUAAGGUUCGUAGUGGAAGUCAACUAGAUUACACACUUGGGCAGAACUAUGUCAAUCUGUUGGCGAUCAAGGACCAUGGUCACGUGUUAUGGCAGAUUUGUCGUGACCUAUCACAAGGGAUUGCACUUGAUAGUCCACGGCAUGGUGACUGCUACUGCUUCACCAUCAGUUCACAUGGAAGAAUGCAUGGCAAAUGGAAACUCCUGAAUAAUUUAACGACUGAGUUUGUUAACUGCCAGUUUAAACUCAUAAAUAUAGACAACACUGAUACCGAUAUAAUACUUACACAAAUGCUAAACACUGAUAUUGAAUUAUUACAUAUAGAUGUUGUAGAUGAGCAAGGUUGGUUAGUUCUUAUCAAGUUGAUGUCUUCACACGUUUUCAAGCGUGUGAGACAAGUAUUGCUGAAUAUAGAGUUCCACUCAAAUGAUGAAGAUUUAUUCAUUGUAAAGAAACUGGAGCUGAUUGAACAAAUAUUAAUAAAAAAGUUUGGUUUUGUAUUAACUUUCUCGAAUUUUGUACGAAAACUGAAAAUGCAGUGGAGAAUUAUUCCAAAAUUGAAUUAUUACUCGACGUGGGCGAAGAAACUUAACAAAGCUUUCCAGCUCGAAGGGGCAGCCACGAAAACGGAUGCCGAAGAAGAAUACAUGGACUUAUUCUACCCAGCAGAUUUAGAAGCAAAUCGACUACUUGAAUAUAUCACAAAAACACAUAUUAAAAUAAACUGUUCAAUAAGUAAACACAUGGGAAAAGAUGAAGACAAAGAUGGUGGAUGGGAUAUUUGCUUUGAUCCUAUAUUAGGACUAAAUUCAACACAGUGUUUAGUAUAUUCAAUAGGGAUCGGGGAGGACUUUUCAUUUGACGAAGCCAUGGCGAAGUACGGAUGUAAUGUUUUCUCGUUUGAUCCCAGCAUGCGUCAACCUAGUCACAAGCAGUCUGAGAGAGUUUGGUUCUUCGAUUAUGGCAUAGCAGAUGUGAAUAGCAAUUCUUUCUACGGAAGAGGAAUGAGAGAUGUAUAUGAAAGUAAAUGGAAAGUUAGAACAUUAGAAGGACUUAUGGCUGAAAUGAACCAUCAACAUAAGCCAAUUGAUGUUCUGAAAAUUGAUAUAGAAGGUGGUGAAUGGUCAUCACUAAAGAAGAUGCUGGAACAGGGAAUAUUGCACUAUGUUAAACAACUCGUAUUUGAAAUUCAUAUGUGGGAACUAGACUACACUGAUAAUGGAGCGAAGAUACGGGAAUGGUACAGCAUCCUACAGAGCUUAGAAAGACAAGGAUUUAGGAUGUGGCAUUGGCAUUUAAACCCCCGUAGUAUAGAUGUGUAUCUUGGAGACUAUUAUUUCAUGAAUGAACCUUGCUGUUAUGAGUUCUCUUGGAUAAAUACACAAUUUAAUGACUGGUGGCUCUAA